GUGACUCUUAUCAUGAUCAGACGCUCAGUGUUUCUCGGCUGUGAGUAUCGCAAGAGAACUACGUAGUUGUAUUGCGAUAUUUCACUCGGCCUUGUUUGUGUGAUGGUGUCGAGGGUGAAAUUGCUGCAAGUGCUGUCCCUUAGUCAAAUUGUCCUUGGAAUUGUUGCCCUCUUCACAGGGAUAUCUUCUGUGAAUGUCACGAGCUACUACAACGGAACGUUCGGAAUGGGAAUAUGGCUCGGUGUUUGGGUAUGUAACGAUCUGUAACCAUGUCAUAGUUUCGAUUAUCAACAAAGCUGGCUAACAUGCUGUGAUGUAUAAUGACCUUCACGCAAAAUUAAGGUUAACUGCUCACCAUUACGUUAAAACAACAAGAAGUAAGAGCACAUGAGUUCAGAGUUAUGAGAAAAGACUCUCAUAACAAAGGCCUUGUGGAAAGUAUUUUUCUCCGACUAAAACUAAUUGAUGUUUUCUUUCGACAGGCCUAGAAGCUAGAAAAUUCGAUUUUAACUAUUUGUAACAAAAACUGAAAACAGAUUAUUGGGGACAUAAACGAUAUAAGAAAGAGUUGUAUAUUGCCUUCUGAUUAAGACGAGCUACAGCUUUAUCGACUUAAUCUUGAUCUCGUCUAUCUUAAACCUAAACCCUUAGUAAAAGGGGUUACAUCACGCUAUUUGCUGUCUUUUAACCUCUUAAAUCCCAAUAUCCACAUACAAAUUCUCUAAACUGGUCUCUAUACAUUUUUACAAAGAAUACGUUGAGAGAAUUUGAUAAAAGAUCAGAGCAUUUCACCUAAGGUGUUUAUUUUAAUAAUUCUCACAAACUUUUUCUUGAUUGUAUAUUGAUAUUGUUAGGGAGAAAAUUGAUGUUUGUCAAUCUUAAACUUGACCUCGCAUCAAAUAUUGAAUCAGUUCCAAAAAUAAUAGUCCAGUUUUGUUUUCUCGGACUAUAUUAGGCAUUAAAACUGUUUUCUGUCGUCCGUUGCAACGUGGCAAGGCCUAAAGGAUGGACAUGGAUUGAAACUUGAAAAAGUUGGGCUAACUUUUUCAAUGAGUUUUAAUGCUGUGUCCACAAAAAUCGCCAAGAAAUUAUUAUGGUUAGUGCUCCCUGAUGAAAUUUGAUUGAUGUCUUUUCCAUAAUUCUACCAUUUUAAGAAUAGGGAGCUUAAGCAACCACGACAACGACGUCAAGAAAACAAUAGGUUUAACGAUCAAAACAACAGCUCUGCAAGUGCAUCACCCUUUUUAGUACAUUUCUUUGUCGUCCACUGCACGACUACGACGUGAAACCUCCUAAUUUGACGUUUUAUGGAGGACGUGGACAUACUACGACGAAUUUCCCUUCAUCUUUUUGAGCCUGAAUAAAAUCCUUAAAAAUUCAACUCCUAGAAAAGUCGCCUGCAUUUGACAUAUUGAACGGAUCCAAAUAGAUGCGAUUAAGUUUGAAAGAACGCAAAUUCACUUUUUUACCGACGUUUUCACUGCCUUUGUCGUCGUCUUUGCUUAAGGUCCCUAAUGAUACAGCCGGGGCAUUGAAUGUGCAAAUGAAGUCUGUUGUAAAAAUGGUCUCCUGUUGGUCUCCUAAUUCACAGGCGGUUUAUAUUCUAUAUUUAAUAUUAAAGACAAAAUGGACAAUAGUGCCAACUAAAUAGCCACGUGACUAGGCUAGAGUGUAAUCAUUUCAUGGAUGAGAUGAUUUCGAUGGCUUAUUUGUAGGGACAACAGAAAGCAAAUACUUUAGCAAAAAAAAAUCUUAAGUCAAACCCCGUUAAUACCGACACUGCCGGAGGGCCGGGGCUAUAGGAAGUGUCCAUAUAUACGGUCAAGCCCCGCAUUACGAAGAUCCGCUUAAUAUAUACGGACACUUCCUUAUUGGGAAUUGAACAUUUUAUGGAAUUUGCGCAUUAUAAAUGUUUUAUUAUUAUUAUUAUUAUUAUUAUUAUUGUCUCUAUUAUCACAGUCUUUGCUGGUGUUCUUUUUGUGCAUCAGCCUGGCGCAAACCAUGCACCUAGAGCGUCAGUCACUCAAGUCAAUCAUUCUGUUCAUACACUGAGCACCUUUCUGAGGAUUCGUGCAGAUCCCAGCAUGCAGAUCUUUUGAAUCUCUGUCAUAUUAGCUCUUUCUGAUACUUUCUUGAUGUUUUCUACCAUACCCUUCUUCACUGCACCAAGCGCACCAACAACCACAGGGAUCACUACUGUUUUCAUAUGCCACAUUCUCUGUAUUUCUAGUUCUAGGUCUUUGUACUUGCAUUUUUUUUCAGUUUCCUUCAGUGCGAUGUUUCUAUCUGAUGGAACAGUCAUAUCAAUAAGUUUGCAGGUGGAAUUCACUGAAUCUUUAACGAUGAUAUCUGGUCUGUUCGCUGUUAUAGUUCUAUCAGUAUUGACUGGCAUAUCCCACAUGAUGGUGAUGUUGUUAUCUUUAUUGUGUAUCACGGUCUCUGGUUCGUGUUCGUACCAUUUGUCUGUAAUCUCUAUAUCAUGAUCUUUACAUAUGCUCCAAUUAUUAUUAUUAUUAUUAUUAUUAUUAUUAUUAUUAUUAUUAUUAUUAUUAUUAUUAUUAUUAUUACGGAUAGUUUGCUUUGAGUCCCUGGGGAAAAAAGCUGUUACAUUUUCUCUAAAUUCAACCCGCUUAAUACUGACAUCCCACUUAUACGGAGACUUUCUAUAGUCUCUUCGGUGUCCGCAUAAACGGGGUGUCCGUAUUAAGCGGGUUGAAUUAAGAGAAAAUGUAAGGGCUUUCUUUUCCCAGGGACAAAGCAAACUGUCGUUAAUAAUGAGGUGUUUGUAAAGCGGGGUUUUACUGUACUGUAUAUAAAAGGUUAGGGAUUGGACGUCCGGGCGGAACCUCCGGAUUGAGCACCUUACCCACCCCCCCCCCCCCCCCCCCACCCCGACAAUAUAUGUCUACUUUAUGAGCUAUUUUUAGCUAUAAAGUGGAAAUACUUUGUUUGCCAUCUUUUCAAAACAUUCCACUGUUAUCCUGCUGCUAGGUGGCUGUUAAAUGAAUGCUUGGAAUGUAAUAAAAUUACCUAUGAAAUGGAACUCGAGAGAUUAACAUACUUCCGCGUCUGGUGAAUGGGGCUGAAUGGAGGAUGACCGGAUAAAAUACACAAGGAUUGCUUAAUGAUAGGUUUGACCGUACCGCGGCCAUGGAAAUGCGAACGCCAGGGAGCAAAAGUGAGCCAUUCUUACCGAAGUUUGGGAAUUAGUCAGGCACGAAAUGAGCUCUUUACAACAGAUAAAUCAUUCCAUUUAACUCUGCUGGAUACUAGCCAAGUUUGGCCCUUUCAUGCUGAAGAUUGACAACAGCGAUAAGGGAAGUUGAAAGGGCACGGUAAAAACAGACGUUUUUUGUUUUUUUCUUUUAAUUUUUUUUUUAAAUGAACACUAGUGAGCAGCACAAAGCACUAGGGAAGAGGGAAAACCCCCGAAAAGUUUUUUUUUCGUGGCCUUUCAGCGCAUAUUUUGAUAGACUUUGUGAAAAUUAUCGAACUUUUGCAUUGCACAGUAUUUUCCAAUUUUUUAUAACAGUGGUAAGGGAAAUUAACUGUGAGGUUCAAGUGAACUACUCUGUUGAGUAAAUAGGAAUGUGUCAACUAAUUACCACGGUCACUGCUUCACUGCUUCACCAUGCAUGGAAUAGGGCGGAUUGGGGCCCGUUUCCCAGUCAAAAGUCCUGAUGAUAAACGGGUCCAAACACUGUUGUUUGUACUCAAGACCGAGAUUUCAAAAGUUUUGCUGAUACACUUUAUAGUUAGCAAAAAGUCAAGUUAACAAACUGGACUGGUUUGUUAACUAGGCGCGCUUUGGUUCUUUAGAUUUUGAUUUGAAUAUCAAACUUUGGUUUUGGGGCCGAAAAGUUACCGAGACUUUCAAGAAAUGACCCCCUGGUGUGCACACCAACAAAAGCAACAACAAGCUUUAUUUGCAUGACUGUAACAAAAUGUUACAAUGUUGCAAAAGGAACUUAAAAUUUAUUAUCAAUUCGUUAAUAAGACCUCUAGCUUGGCGUGACAUAAUCCGUGAGCUAGUACCUCUGUCUACAGGAAUACGGUAAAGGUUUAUCAAGCCAUUUAAAACACUCUUCUAAAACUUUUCAAAAUACAUCAAAAUAGAUAAUUUUUUAUUACUUUGUGUUCUGUGUGGUACCGUUGCGAUUACGAUGACGCCCAUGAUUACAUAAUGAUGCUUUAAAAUGAAUCAAGUUCUCCAUACCCCUAGAAAACUCGAGCGGGAUUAACGUUAUGCCGCCUCUGAAACCCUCCGGCCCUCCUCUAAACGAAAGAAUAUGAUUUCAUACUCAAGUUCUGGCUCUUUAGCAGAAAGCACUUAACCAAUUUUAGACCAAAAAACGCUCAAAAUCAUACCUUACGUAACAUAUUAAAAUAAGAGAAUACCCCCUGGCCAGGACGGGCUGGAAAACAAUGAAGCAUUCCUGUUCAAAUAUGAAUUGUCUUUUAAUCGUACUACUCUCUCAGUGUUUUUCGAUAUCCAACCUUGCUUGUGUGAUGGCGACGAAGGUGACAUUGUUGCAAGUGCUCUGCUUUAGCCACGUUUUCCUUGGAUUUUGUGCCAUAUUUACAGGGAUAUCUGCGGUAAAUGUCACGGAUUACUAUAGUGGAGUGUUUGCAAUGGGCAUAUGGCUGGGUGUUUGGGUAUGUAACCAUACAUGUUAUAGCAGUUACGAUUAUCAUUCAGUAGUAUGAUCAUCACCCAGAUAGUUUCUAAGCUUUAGUGUAAAGGUUUGCUAUCUUGGCUGCUAAUCAGUGUUUGCUUUGAAAAGGCAUCGGAGUAUCAGUCUCAAACAGCAGCCAGUCUACCCGACUAUCUGAUAGCAUGAUAGGCCUUGUCGAGUCUAUUUUUCCCACACUGACUUUAUGAUCCUUAAGAGAUGUCAUGCAUUUUUUAAAAUAUUUGAAUCAACUGUUCCAAGAUAUAAUUUGAUUUCUAACAACUGGUAAACAGCUUCUCCAAGAAGGGUUACAUCACUGAAAAAAAUUGCUUUCCCCAAGGUGUCGUCAGAAUGACGUCAAAAAGAGUUUUCGAUCUCACUUUCUCCUUUGUUUAAAAUUUUGGCUACUUUACUUUCUUCACUGGUCGUCGUCUUACCUUUAUUACUUUCUCGUCAAGCAAAGACGUUGCGACCCUGGCCGUGAGGGUGCACAAAGAAAAAGGAAGAGAGUAGCACUUCCAAAUGCAAAAUUAUGAGAUCGUGUCCGCAAGCCUUUUAUUUAGGAGUCGUUGCACGAUUGUUUAAUUUGCGAUCACAACUGCCGCUGAGGCGAUAAUCUUUACUUAUUAUCUUAUUUUACAUUCGCAGGGAUGUGAUAUAUAUCCAUCUUUAAGAAAAAGGUCCCCUUGAUCAGACAUUUUAACUAUAAAUAUUUAGAAAACCUAAUCCGAGAGGUUGCUGAAUUACGCCUUUUUCCUAUCAGGCAGUUGGUCUUAAGGUUUUGCAGACUAAAAUACGCCCUUCUCUCUUUACACUGUCAAAUUCUUUCAGCCUUUGGUGGAGGUCAAUUCUUAAGUUGUGCUGGCUGCUGUUAGGGUUUCUGUUUUGUUUUGUUUUUGUUUUUGUUUUUGUUUUUUGUUUUUUAUUUUUUCAUAUUUUUACUUAUGGUUUACAAUAGUUAACUAUGGUUUAUUUUUUAAUACAGCGGCUUUCUGUGGUGUUCCGGAUUGUUUCGCCGGAGCUUCGCUGUUCCGGGCGUAACACUGUAACAACAACAACUACUCUGCACGUGCAUCACAAUUUUAGGGCAUUUCUUUCCCUCCGCGCACGUGUGUACCACGUGAAGUUUCCAAAUCGAACCAUCUGUGACGAAAAAUCUGUACAUUUGAAAACUUCACGUGAUAGGCACGACAAGAAGACGGAAAGAUUCACGUGAUUCACGUGCAGAGUUGUUGUUGCUGCUUUUUUUUUCGUGUGUGUCACGUGUGCUAGUAAAAACGGCUUGUCCAAAGACCCGGAACACCCAAACACCCGGAACCACUCCAAAAAAACCACGAUAAUAAGCCAUAGCUAAUAAGUAAAAUAACAGACUAACAGAAACCCUAACAGCAACAAAACAGAGCAAUGUAAAAGAAUGUAGGAUAAUCGUACGUACGCUUGUCAGUGUAGCCUCUAAGCCAACUGAUCUAACCUACUCUUUAAAAUAAUUGUUUGUUGCUGUUGUUGUUGUUUUGUUUAGUUUAGUUAAGUUUUUUUUACUUAUUUCUGCAGAGUCAAAACCAUCACUGUUUGGAUGACUCUUUUAUUGCCACUAUCGUCCCAAAUGUUGCACGAUAAAUUGCCAUUAGGGGGUGCAUUGGAAAAUAAUGAAUCCUGACAAACAGGGCUGUUUCUCUCUCCUCCAGGAAGAGGUUCUCGCUGGGUAUCUUAAUAAAAAUCUUCCCAUCGAGCCCCGCGAGCUUUCUUUUUCUUUCUCACCAGCCUCCCUACAACUCAAAGAGGCCUCCGGUGCGGAGGAGAGAGGGGCUGUUUUGGGGUCGGCUCAUUUCAAAACACAAAAACAGUGUUUUAAAAUAGAAACACAACUGGAGAACUCUACAUGUUUCAUUCAAAGUUCGUCCUACUCUCCUGACAGCAUAAUUUAUAAAAAUGACAAAGAGAUAAAUUCCCCUGAAAGUGAAAGUCGGAAACAAAGGAAGGAACGCCUGAUGGCAGGUUUUUAUUUAAUUGGUGGAUUUGCAUCAGGAAUGCAGCCUUCGAUAAACGGGGAGGACUGGGUUCCUCAAACUCGAAUAUUAGUUCCGCAGUUGCUUCAACGCCUGCUUCAACACGUACUAUUUUUAAAGCAACAUGGUGAUUGUACCAUCGUCAUCCGAAGUGUGUCGUGGUUUUGAAUUUACUCGCAAUAUCUGGCUUUUCUUGCAUAGACAUACUCCAUGUGGAUUUUUGUGAGUAGUUCAGAUGGCUACAAGUGCGAAAACGCUAAGAGUUCUCUCGCCCUGUCAUGUUAUUCUUGGCAUUCUCGCCAUUGUGAUAGGAAUUGCUUCGAUGAAUGUCACGGAGUACUACAUUGGAGUCUUCGGAAUGGGAAUUUGGCUUGGCGCUUGGGUAUGUAAGCUUAUAAAGCGCUACAAACGUCCAUAACAAUGCUAUGGAGCUCGUUUGACGGCAAUGGCUUUAGAUUUCUGUGUGUCGACCUCCAAGUUGGAGACUAUGUUUCCAUCAUGAUGCUUCCUAUUAAGCAUAUGUUUGAUCUGAAAAUUAUUCAUGCAUAUGUGAGUCAUCUGAUUGUGCUAAGUCAGAAUCAUAAAGACGAUCUCAUAGUUGUUAUUUAGGCACGGACUCUACAGCUUGUGCGUAUUUUUAGCUUCUCUUUCCGGUUAUUUAAAUAUAAGCUUACAAAGCACUUUGAUCAUCUUUCGACACGAAUUAAGCUUGAUCUUUUGAUAUAAAUUUAUCCAAAACUCCAUAUUUUGUUCCGUGAUUCAGCAGUGUUUUUGUUUUUGUUAAAUUCACGUUUGGCUGGAAGCAUUCUCAAAAAUUAGCCUUGAAUGUCACCCACAGAGAACACAAUGUUACAGCUAUAGCUUCUUUUGUUUUUGAACAGCUCUAGUUUUUGUUUGAAAAGAUAUAGUUGCGCUUUUUAUUACGUAAGGCCUUUGAAAAUAUGUGUAAAUAUGUGCUUAUCUUUAGUUGAUGUCAAGUUCAGUUUUGAAUCCUUCUAUUAUUCAGCCACAAAUACUUGAUUUUGAGGUAACGCCAUGCCAAAUUGGAAACAAAAACAAUAAUUUAACUUAUAAUUAUGCAUGUUACGUCAAACCCUUCAGUUCUUUUCAGUCACGUAGAACAUUUAACCCAAUAUUUUGCAAAACUGUUACAAUAUUUCCCCUAACAGGUUGAGCUGUCUACUUGUAGCAUUCCUCUCUUACAUUCAUGACAGUAAAGGUGCAAUUUCACAAUGUUAGCUGGUGAUCAGUUAGAGGAACUUGCUGGCUUGGAAUUUUUUAAAUUCAUUUACAGUGAGGUUCAUAUUUAUCGUGAAUAAUUUAUAAAUAUUUUUGAGCCACCAAAAAAUAUAUACAUAAAAUGUACACUGUUUACGUGUUUUUUUUUCAGUAUUACUUUGUCUUUUUUGUUAUGUUUUCUGUAACUUAAUUCAGUUGAGUUCACCUCGCAGAACUUUCAGAACAAAGCGUACUGACAGUUUAUGUAAUUUUUUAAAAGCAGUGCCCAGAACUGCAAGUUUUCUCACGAUCCUAUCUACAACUUGUCACAAGGUCAAACUUUACAGUCUUCGUGAAUGAACAUCAUAUACAAACAAUACAAUAUCUCCACUGGUUUGCAUGAUAAUUAACUCAAAUAUUUUCAUGCGAGUUAAGCUGUUUGGUGAAGCAUUAAUGCCAAACUCUAUAAAUUACAGGUUCAUUAAUUUCUUAUAAUUGCAGUUAAAAUUUGAAAAUGUUCUUCAAAGUGAAGUGACUGCAACUGGUUGCCAUGGAAUUGCAGUAUUAAUAUCUUAAACAAAUAAAUGGGAUUUAGGUGUAUAUUAGCUUGUUAUGUGCAGUUUUGACCUAGUAUGACUGCAGUCUAUAUUAUGUAAUUUUCUAUUGACGUCACAGUAUUACUCAAGGUUGACCACAAAAACCAAAACAAUAGUUUAUUUAUUUAUUUAUUUUAAAUCAAUGUGUUGUUGUUUUCUUUAUUUUGCAUGCCCAUGUUAAGAGAAUCAUCAAUGUUAAUGAAAAGCAGGUCAAGAAGUCAAGAUAUUGGCAUAUAUUACUUUUCUCAUCAAAUGUGGUUUGCCAUAAAAUAGAACUUAACAAAGCAAUGUAAUGUGCUCUCAUGUUACUUGAGGGUAAUGAUAAAUACACACUUUAAGGACAUGCUUUUCAUAAUUCAUUGAAAAUGUUGAGGAAAAUUCAGUUCAAAAAAUAUAGAAUUAAUUUGAUCAUCUUUGUGAAAAGUUUUUCAGAAAGCAAUUUUUCUGUAGAGGUUGUUUCAUAUUUACUGGCCUGCUUUUUCAAAGAAAUACACAAUGCAUGUUUCUAUGUGUAUGUAAGAACUGCAUCAAAUUUAGUACACUUUUUAUAUAAAGUACAGGAAAUGGUUCAAGUUUUGAACUUUUUGAUACUGCAAGUAUGGAAAUAAUUGGCUUUACUUCAGAAACAAUCCUUUGCAUCAGUGAUGCAAAUCAGCCUUAAUUAAUUGGGCAGUUUCCUUCCAUACUUUUUUGGGAUCAUGAGAUGCUCACUCUGUAUUGGAUUCUUUUUUGUGCUGGCACAAAAAUCAAUCCAGUAUUGUAGUGUGAAAACAUGCAGUGUGUUCUCCAUCUCUGCUUGCCUUCCUCCCUUCAAGCAGGAUUUAAGGUCAUCCACUAGAUUAGCCUUUGCUAAUUGGAUGAUUCCAACUCGCUCUCUACUUGAUGUUACUAUGAUUUUUAUUCCUUAUUUAAAUUGUAUUAAUUGUCCAUGUAAAUUUAAUUUGUAUUUUCAUAUUAAAGUAUGUUGAAUUGAGCAAGUUAAAUAAAUCAUCUAUCUAUCUGUCUAUCUAUCUAUCUUGUUUGUAUUUUUAUAUUUAUUACUUUUUUUCAGAUUCUUCUGACAGGUCUGGCUGGGAUGGCAAGUGCAGCGAAGCCAGGGAAUUAUUGCAGGGUAAAACAUUAAUUACACAUGACUGUAUAGAUUCAAGUAAUAUAUGGGCAGGCACUCAAGGCUUACAUGACUGUAUAGGAAGAUUGUAUCGUAAAUGAUUGAUUAAUUGCCUUGGCAGUGUGCAAAGAAAGUAGUGUCCGAUAGCCCGGGGCUAGUGGAUUUUGCUAUCGGGCUAGUGAAUUCUGUUUUUAACUUGACCGACGGGUAAGUGAUGUUUUAUGAGGAAUUUGAAUAACAGAAAAACAAAAAGUUUUGGGGGCUAGUUGAAGUGACAUCUGGGCUAGUAAAUGCUAGCUUCAGCUUGCCCGAAUGGCAAGCUGUAAAAAUGAUUUUCUUUGCACCCUGUGCCUUGGUGCUUAUUUCAUUUUCUCUGUUACGGGUGGGGCGCUUAUACAAGAGAGGCGCUUAUUUCAGCCACAGUUCAUGCCAUUUUGGAUAUUCACAUGGUAUCAGAUCGAUUUCUGUGCUGGCACAGAUAGUCUAAUUUACGAUGUAGUGUGAACAUCACAGCCUAAUUACUGUCAUGGCUUUGUGCGUCAAUAAGCAGGAAUAUUAUAAGAAGAAAAUGGAUCUGGUAGUGUAGGGGUCAUUUUGUUUUCUUUCCCCUGCUAGCACCAUUUAUCCACCUUAGCCCUGCAUACUCUUGUAAAUAUCAGGUCAAAUUUCACUGCAGAGCCCAAGAAGCUGGAACACUUUAGAUCUCCAGAAAAUUGACUGUUCAUGCAGUGGUCCACUUCAGGAAAAAACUUUAUACAUGUACAGUCUACUCUCUCUCACCUCUGUAAAGCAGACACUCAGAGAUGGUCCCUCCCUUUCUUUACUCCCUUUAUUUGACUCUCUGUAAGACGGACAUCUCUCUAAGACGGACACAUACUGCAGGUCCCCAAGGUGUCCGUCUCAGAAAGAGUUGACUGUACAUGCAGUCAAACCCUGCUUUACGGACACUCGCUUAAUACAGACACCUCGUUAUUAUCGACGCUUUUCUAUUCUUUUUCCCUGGGGAGAAAGCCCUUACAUUUUCUCUAAAUUCAACCUGCUUAAUAUAGACACACCUGUUAAUCUGUCCAACAGACACUUGUUUCUUGCUCCAAUCAACCUCACUAAUGCAAACACAUCAUCAUCAACUUUCUUUCUUGCCUUUCUGAAUGCAAAAUAAUCCUUCAGUUUACAGCAUUUCAAUGUUUCCAAUGCUACAAUACACCAGAUAGGAUGAUUUGUAGUUGUCAAUUUGAGACUAUUUUGCAUCCUUCAAGUUAUGCAGAGAAUGGUUUGGAUUAAGAAAUAUGUAGAUGAGGGAUUUUUUAGUGCUUCUGUGGAUUUAGUCUGCAGAAUAACAGCUUUGAGAAAGUUAUAGAGAUGUUUAAUUUGACGAGGCUAAUGUUCUCUUUCAUUGGAGCUUACUCAUGCAGGCCUUUUGGUAAAGCUUGUAAAACUUGUAAAUAAAUAAAGAAAGAAAUGAAUAAAAGUUGGAUGUAAAAACAAAAUACUGUAAGAUUGAUAAUGCAAGUUUUACCUCCACUCUUCACAGAUUGGCACAUUCCUGGGCUGCUGUGUGGUUGCCAUUGUUAUCCUAACGAUUUGCUCCAUUUUAAUCGGCACUGUGGUCUUGAAGCAUUUCCAGUUUGAGUCGUCUGUGACCCGUGAUUAUUACAAGGGCAAAGGUGUCUUUGGCAGAGAGAAUCAUGAGGAUUACUACAAACCAGACCAGUACUUUCUGGACAGAAACAAAGAAGGCAGGGUUGGAUUAGCCGUCUACAGUUGUCUGCUUGUCGUCAUCAUAGUCGACGUUCUGUUAAAUGCAGUGUCAGUGUAUGUUUGCCGUGAUCUUGCUUCCAGUAAUGGACAGGUAAUAUUAGCAGCUUACUCAUUGGGGAAAUAUAUUGUUAAUAGUUAGGAGAUACAUGUACUGUGUAUGUCACAAUUUCUAAAACACAUAGGAAUCUUAGAGUAAAUGUAACCUGAAAAAAUAGUUUAGUUCUAUUUGAAAUUACGCUGCUGCUAUACAUAAAUUGCAAGUGUAAGUCUUUGGCAUUCUAUGACCAGGAUGCCAGUGUUGACAAAAAAUAUAGAACUCACCAUGACAUAAACCCUUGAAUUGCCAAUUUACUAAAACUUUUACAAGUGCAAUUUACAAUUUAGUAUAUCUGUUGUUUUCAGACUCUAAAACAAUGGCUACACUCGUAAAUUGCACUUGUAAUUGACCCCUGGAUCUAAAUUUUUGGUAAAAAGUGAGUGCCAUGAGACACUUUUGUCUUGUGUAUUUAUUUGUAGCAUGGUGACCUGUGCUUGGACCUGUGUUCAGUACCAACAGGUCUAAAACAGUGUGGUUUUAGUUAUCUACAUUGUACAUGUACACCAUGAAAAAAGUUCGCAACAUAUCUGUUGUGGCUCAGUUUUAUCCUUGGUUUAAGUUUUAUUUCCGUUUGUUUGAAAGUCAUUAUCAUACAAUUUCCAUACCCCAAAACAAAGAAAAAUAAAAUUUAAACCAAGGAUAAAAUUUAACCACAACAUAUCCACCACUUGGUUAGAAGAGGUGUGGUCAUGAUUCUUAUAUAAACCCUGUUCAGUUUUCAGAUGAUUUUCUCCUAAAAUAUGCUGUCCUUUUUUUUACCAUGACUGUAGGCGACCAAUGCGGGACAAAACAAUCGCCGUACCAGGUCCGCAUCAUCAGGCCGAGGCCAUAUAAGUAGUGGCACAAUUCCUGUUGCGGAGCUUGGACUGACCAGGCAGACCUGGGCCGAGCUAGUGUUUCCAGGAACACCUGGGACGAUACAACCGAUUCAUUUGAUCCCGAACUCAGAUUUUCAAUUUUAUACUCCCUAUAAAUUGCCGGUAAGUUUUGUCAACUUGACCUAGGCCUCCCUCCCUUUUUUUCUUUUCUUUUAGCGUCAAAUUUGUCUCGUGAUUUUGGGUCAGUCAGUCGGUCAUGAUCAGAUGGGAAAAAAAGUUGUUGCAAGAAGUUUGGGAAUAGGAGACAUAGGAGGGACUUGAACUGUGGGAUUUGAGCUGUAGAAGAAAGUGUGUCGUUUUCUCAGUUAUUAAAGUUAAAAGUAGUAGUUAGUGAUACGUAAUCCUGUUACAAUGCUUGAAUUUUUCAGAUUAAAAGAAUCAAUUAGAACGUAUGUAAUAAUAACUACAUUGUUACUUUUUUGAGAAUGCCAAAAAUUAGUGUCGAUUGGACAACGCCGAAUGGAGGAAAAAAUGGGUGAUGGCCUUAACCCAAGAUCUGAGUAGUUAUUCUCAUUUUUGGCUGUUUUGCAUUUCAUUGUGCAUCAGUUGAGAGAAUUUGGAGUUAUAUCAAUAUGGCAUCCCUUAGCUGAUACAUUUUCCUAUUCUAACCCCCUAUGUGUUGAACAAUGUAUGGGAUGUAAAAAGGAGAAGUUAUAUGCCGAUCACUUCUGGGAGUUAAAGGGUUACACUUAAGAAAUAACAUGUUUUUCGGCAUUGUGCUUGCAAGUCAGCAUAAUUUUUGUUUGUUCGUUUUCUUCUAAGAAUUACGCUGAACUGUACCCUGAUGGACUCACUAAUCCCACAGUCACUCCGAAUGAGCAGGCGCUGGUAACUAAUGUCCCGGAUGAACCACCACCGGAAUACACCCCGACAGCAGAUGCUACGUCACUUCCUGCUUUCUCGUCAACGGAAUCACAGGAGCGUUCCGAGAUAACAGAGCCGGCUUUAUCGCAACAUACGGGAUCUUCCACCCCAGUUUUGUCGCUACAUCCGGGAGAUUUAGAAGCUCCGGUGUCAGUGGGCUCAACACCAUCGACAAGUUUAGACAAUAACACAACAAUUGUUCAAAUAAGUUCAUUGCCUCCUACUUCAGUAAUAACAGAUGUAUCCACGCGAGGUAGUCAAAUCUCUGAGGAUAGUCAUUCGUCAGGAUCGUUGCCAAAUUUGGUAGAAACGGAUGAAUCAGGGGACUUAGAUGGAACUUUAUCAGUUGAGUCACAAAACAGACAAAGUGAAGCUAUGAACUCUGAAAGAUCUUCUGAAGUGUCAGAAACAAGAUAG